CUUGCAAGUGAUAUGUCUGCAUAUUUGCUUUUUUAAGAUAUGUACUUGAACUAAAAUGGUGGUCUUCAUUCUAGUGGGAGAAUUGGUUUAGGCAAGGAGGUUGUAAAAUGGAGUCUUCUUGUGCAAAGCAUGGGGGACUGCUUGGAAGGGAUUCUACAAUUGUUAUGCCCAUAAUUUUUUUUUCAAAUAAAUACUUGAACUAAAAUGGCGGUUUUCUUAUUGGUGGGAAAACUGCUCCAGCCAAGGGGUUACAAAAUGGAGUUUUCCCGCGUAAAGUACAGGGUGAUUUGGGCGGGGUUGGGAGCCCCCUUGGGAACACAAACUCCACCCCCAAUUUAAAUACUGCUCUGUGAUUGGUGCUUAAAAUCCGCAAGAUACACUACUGUUAUAUUUUUCAAAUGACAGGUAAAUCAUUAACUCUAUCGGUGUUUUAUAAUAUUCUAUUUAUUAUCGCAGUAAGCUUUACCAUUGUUUGUAUUUCUAGUAACAUUCUAGUCUUUAAUAACAUUCAAUAAUCUUCAAUAUUUUGAUAGUCAUAGUGUUCACUGUUCGCGGUGUUCUCUGAUUGGAGAUUUACUAAUAAAUAUAAUUUUAAUCAAUUUUUUGAGCAGACUUUUAAUGGAUUGCAGAUCAAGAAAGAAAUUGAGGCGUUCCCGGAUGCUCCAAUGAAUAUUGACAGAAGUGACUGUGAAUUAUCCUUAAAGGCUGAAUUAGACUAUGAGGAUCAGUCAAACGUGUCCACAUGUGACCAGGCGACAGGUAGCCAAUCACCAAUCUCAGAGCACAAUUCAUUGUGUUCAAAAUCAGAUUCCAGGUUGACUAAGGCCAUUGAAAAAGUAAUGUGUGGUGGUAGAAUAGCCAAAGUAGUAUUAGUAAGGUUGGAGGAUUCGUUUGAAGGCUGCAAUCAACAGAAGUUAUGUCCAUACCAGAUGGCGACAGUCACUGUUAAAAAGGAGGAGGAGGAGGAGGAUGAUAGCAGCCAGCAACCAGCUGCAGUGGAAGAUGAUUGCAGCCAACAACAUUAUCUAAUCCCUGGCUACAACAUGAUCUUCAUCAAAGAGGAUGCAGACGAUCAAGAGGCUGAAGGAAGUGCAGUGAGGAGCGAACCAGAGAUGUGGUCUUCAAACUGCAGCACAUCUGGCCGAAACUAUGCAAAAGAAGUGGGUGAACUGAAUGAGCAUUCAAUCUCUCCAGUGGAAACGUGCACUGAGACAUCAGUGGCUGGCAAAAAGACCAGGCUCUACAGCUGUGCUGACUGUAGCUAUAAAACACCAAAGUUUAGACAUUUGAAGAGACACAUUAGAAAACACACUGGAGAAAACCCAUUUAAUUGCGAGUUUUGUGAUUACAAAAGUGCUCAGUUAAGUAAUUUGAAAGUACAUAUCAAAACACAUACUGGAGAAAAACCAUUCAGCUGCGAGUUUUGUGAAUACAAAAGUGCUAGAGUAGAUAGUUUGAAAAGACAUAUCAGAAAACAUACAGCAGAAAAACCUUUCAGCUGCGAGUUUUGUGAAUACAAAAGUGCUCAACUAGUUCAUUUGAAAGCACAUAUCAGAAUACAUUCUGGAGAAAAACCAUUCAGCUGCGAGUUUUGUGAAUACAAAAGUGCUAGAGUAGAUAGUUUGAAAAGACAUAUCAGAAAACAUACAGCAGAAAAACCUUUCAGCUGCGAGUUUUGUAACUACAAAAGUGCUCACUCAGGUAAUUUGAAAACUCAUAUCAGAACACAUACUGGAGAAAAACCUUUCAGCUGCGAGUUUUGUGAUUACAAAAGUGCUCAGUUAGAUAGUUUGAAAGUACAUAUCAAAACACAUACUGGAGAAAAACCAUUCAUCUGCGAGUUUUGUGAUUACAAAAGUGCUCGGUUAGGUAGUUUGAAAAUACAUAUCAAAACACAUACUGGAGAAAAACCUUUCAGCUGCGAGUUCUGUGAUUACAAAAGUGCUCAUUCAGCUGAUUUGAAAGCACAUAUCAGAACACAUACUGGAGAAAAACCUUUCAGCUGUGAGUUUUGUAACUACAAAAGUGCUCAGUUAGGUAAUUUGAAAGUACAUAUCAGAACACAUACUGGAGAAAAACCUUUCAGCUGCAAGUUUUGUGAAUACAAAAGUGCCAGUUCAGGUGGUUUGAAAGCACAUACCAGAACACAUACAGGAGAAACAACUCCUAGCUAAGCAUUUUUAGGGCCGGUUUCCGAGCUCGGGAUUUAGAUAAAUUGUAUACUUCAAACAUCAGGAGUCAGAAAAUUGGCUUUCCAAAACGGGACGUAGUCGUAGUUUAAAUGAUAAUCUUUAUUUUCUCAUUUCUAGAAUUGGAAACUUGUCGAAAUGAGACAUUCCUGAAUAACUCAAAAUAACUGAAACUUUACACUAUUCCUAUUAAUUUUAUUUUGUGUUCAAUUUUCUAGUUUUUAAAUUAAUUUAAGUUAAUUGAAACAUGGACUAAUACUACGCCCAGUUUCAGAAAGCCAAUUUUCUGACUCCAGCUGUUUGAAGUCUAGAACUAGCUAAAUACCGAGCUCAGAAACUGUCACUUACAAUGGCUAGUCUUGUAUAGAAUAGUUAUGUCCAUAAGUCACAUACUUUUCGAGAUAUUGCAAAAACUUGAAAAAAUUGUACCUUCAAAGUUUUAACCACUCCCACCCCCCUUAGAACAGCGGUUAGGAGUGGGGACUUUCGAAAUGUUUACCAACUCACUACCCUAAACAGAGCUUUGGGGUCGAAAGUAGUCUUCCAGACAUUUCCACUGCACCCUAUUUUGAGCAUUUAUUGCCUAGACUAUAAAUGCUUGGGAAUGAAACAAAAAACAAAUAUGUAAGAAUCUUAAAAUAUUAUAUUCGCAUCAUUCAUGACACUAAAUCUAUAUCAAUAGUUUAUAAAAAGUUUUGUUUAAUGUACAGUAAUAUGACACUAUCAUUAAAUUAUGUUCUUAUCAUUUUAAUUGAUGUUUAGUUCAAUUCUACAACUAUUAGGUCUAUGUAUAAUAUUUACACUUAUCAAAAAAUUUUCCAAAUUAGCAUAUAUUGAAAAACCCCAUUAAAUCUAUUUAUAUAAAAAUUAA